AGGUUGCCAGAUCUUUAAAAGCAACUCAUGUGGUUGAUUCGUUUCGAAGAGGCUGUUUUAAGAUCUUGCAAUGGCCAGGAUACUACAGAAAUACAUCAAGUUUUCGACUAAGGAUCUGGAGAAUUAUGCCAGCAACCCGGAGUCUUGCGUGCAUUGCGUCACCACGGACAUGCACCUGGCCAUGGGUCCGUAUGGCAUGGCCGAUUUCAAGCACGCGCUCCACGAGCACCUUAUCCGCACCAAGGUGGGAUUCUACGACGUCAGUCUCAACGGCAUCGUCCUGGGCAUCCAGAACAUCAAGGUGCUGGGUAACACUGCGGGCCUGCGGGCUGAUGAUCCCAGCAUGCACCUGGCCAUCAAUGCGGACUUCUACGUCUUUCGCCCCGAAGCGGGGGCCAUUCUGAGCGGCGUGGUGCGGCACAUCUCGAAGAGCACGGUCAGCGCCGUCAUCUACCGGGUCUUCAACACCUCCAUUCGCUUCACCAACAAGACCCGGAGCCGGGAGGACAUCGCCAUGGACCAGGAGAUCAAGUUUCGCAUAAAGAGCUUUGACGUCGGCAAUGUGACGCCCUACAUCGAGGGAGAACUCCUGCUCGAGGAGGGCGAGGAGCCAAAGAAUAAAUCCAUAAAGUUUGGAAGCCCCGAACCGGAGAAGAUCGAUGUUAAGAACGAAGACCCCGAUGAACUGUUAGAUGGCCUUUUAGCUGAAAUAAAGAAAGAACCUGAUUUUGCGCCCGAAAAGGAUUCACCCACAAAGAAAUCUUCAACAAAACGAAAGAAUGGUGAAAAUAGUCCCACCACAAAGACGAAAAAACUGAAAAAUGAAAUAAAAAGCGAGCCAAUAUAUACAAUAUAAA